AUCAACAAAGCAACAGUUGUCCAAGCAAAAACAAGCAAAACGUGGAGAUGACAGGCGUUCUAGGAGUAGAGACAGAGACCGCAGGCGUGAGAGAUCGCGGAGCAGGGACAAGAGAAGGUCUCGAUCACGUGACAGAAAACGGGUGAGGCGCUCAAGAAGUAGAGAGAGGGAAAGGAGUAGAGAGAGAAGACGAUCACGCAGCCGAGAGAGAAGACGAUCUAGAAGCCGGAGCAGAGGCAGACGGUCUCGAUCUUCCAGCCCUGGCAAGAGCAAGAAAGUAGAAAACAGAUCACGUUCUACAGAAAAGAUAGAAGGUGUGGAAGUUAAUAAAGACAAGAAAAAAGAGAAAGAGGACAAGGAAGAAGAAAAGGAUAAAGAUGUAAAUAAUUUUGAUCAAAAUAAAUUGGAAGAGGAAAUGAGAAAACGAAAAGAACGAGUAGAAAAAUGGAGAGAAGAGCAGCGCAAGAAAGCUAUGGAAAAUAUAGGAGAACUGAAGAAAGAAAUUGAAGAGAUGAAGCAGGGGAAGAAAUGGAGUUUAGAAGAUGAUGAUGAUGAUGAUGAAGAAACUGCAGAAGGAGAAAAAGAAGGUAAUGAAAUUGAAGAUGAAGAGUUAGAUCCACUAGAUGCGUAUAUGGAAGAAGUAAAAGAAGAGGUCAAGAAGUUUAAUAUGAGAAGUGUAAAAGGUGGAGCUGGAAGUGAAAAGAAAUCGGGUCCAACAGUUACAAAAGUAGUAACUGUAGUGAAAACCCAAAAAGCUUCUCCAGAGACUGAAAAGAAGAAAGGAGAACUCAUGGUGAAUGAUCAAGAUGCAAUGGAGUAUUCCUCUGAAGAGGAGGAAGUUGAUCUCCAGACUGCACUGACAGGCUACCAAACGAAACAUAGGAAAUUGCUGGAACCAGUGGAUCAUGGGAAGAUUGAAUAUGAGUCUUACAGAAAAAAUUUCUAUGUUGAAGUUCCUGAGCUAGCCAAAAUGACUCUGGAAGAGGUGAAUGCAUACAGAUUGGAAAUGGAAGGAAUUAUAGUCAAGGGUAAAGGAUGUCCCAAGCCAAUCAAAACCUGGGUACAGUGUGGUAUUUCUAUGAAAAUCCUGAAUUCCCUGAAAAAACAUGGCUAUGAAAAGCCCACCCCUAUCCAGACCCAAGCUAUACCUGCAAUUAUGAGUGGACGUGAUUUAAUCGGCAUUGCUAAAACAGGAAGUGGGAAGACUAUUGCAUUUCUGCUGCCUAUGUUCAGACACAUCAUGGAUCAGAGAUCAUUAGAAGAAGGCGAAGGUCCAAUAGCUGUCAUUAUGACACCUACUCGAGAACUAGCUCUACAGAUUACAAAGGAGUGUAAAAAAUUCUCAAAGACUCUUGGGGUUAGAGUCGUGUGUGUAUAUGGAGGAACGGGAAUAAGUGAACAGAUUGCUGAACUGAAAAGGGGUGCGGAAAUAAUAGUUUGCACACCUGGCCGUAUGAUUGAUAUGUUAGCAGCUAAUAAUGGUCGGGUGACAAAUCUUCGGAGAGUGACAUAUGUUGUCCUUGAUGAAGCAGAUAGAAUGUUUGAUAUGGGCUUUGAGCCUCAGGUUAUGCGCAUUGUAGACAAUGUGAGACUUGAUCGCCAGACCGUGAUGUUUUCUGCUACUUUCCCUAGAGCCAUGGAGGCUUUAGCGCGCCGUAUUCUCAGCAAACCAAUUGAGGUCCAAGUUGGUGGCCGGAGUGUUGUCUGUUCAGAUGUUGAACAGAAAGUGAUUGUCAUAGAGGAAGAGAGCAAGUUCUUGAAAUUGCUUGAGCUACUAGGACAUUAUCAGGAAAAAGGAGCUGUCAUUAUAUUUGUGGAUAAACAGGAGCAUGCUGAUGGAUUAUUGAAAGACUUGAUGAGAGCUUCUUACCCCUGUCUUUCACUUCAUGGAGGUAUUGACCAAUAUGACAGAGACAGCAUAAUCAAUGAUUUCAAGAGUGGCGUAUGCAAACUCCUUGUGGCUACAUCAGUAGCAGCUCGAGGUCUUGAUGUAAAGCAUCUUAUGCUUGUAAUCAACUACAGUUGUCCUAAUCAUUAUGAGGAUUACGUGCACAGGGCAGGCAGAACUGGGCGUGCAGGCAACAAAGGUUAUGCCUAUACUUUCAUAACUGAAGAUCAAGCACGGUAUGCUGGUGAUAUAAUUAAAGCUUUGGAGUUGUCAGGUACCACAGUUCCUCCUGAGCUAGAGAAACUUUGGACUGAUUUCAAAGAUCAGCAGAAAGCUGAGGGGAAAACAAUUAAAAAGAGUAGCGGCUUCUCUGGUAAAGGAUUCAAAUUUGAUGAAACAGAAGAAGCUUUGGCUAAUGAGCGGAAGAAGUUACAAAAAGCGGCACUUGGCUUGCAGGAUUCAGAUGAUGAAGAUACAGCAGUUGAUAUUGAUGAGCAGAUUGAAAGCAUGUUCAAUUCAAAGAAAAGAGUGAAAGACAUGGCCUCGUCUGGUGGUUCAUCUAAUGUUCCUGCCCCAACAGCAGGAAAUGCAGAGAAAUUAGAAAUUGCUAAGAGAUUGGCGUUGAGAAUCAAUGCACAGAAGAAUCUUGGAGCCGAGGCACAAGUAUUGGUCUCUUUUCAGUUUAAGACUGCUAGAUGGAAGGUGACUUCAAAGGAAGCACUGCACAGAAUAAGUGAAUAUUCUGAAGCUGCCAUUACAAUCAGAGGAACCUAUUUUCCUCCGGGCAAAGAACCCAAGGAGGGGGAAAGAAAAAUUUACUUGGCUAUUGAGAGUGCCAACGAAUUGGCUGUUCAGAAAGCAAAGGCAGAAAUCACUAGGCUUAUCAAAGAAGAGCUUAUCCGAUUGCAAAAUUCAUACCAACCAACCAACAAAGGAAGAUACAAAGUUUUAUAAAUAUUUGGAGCAACUUUCUCUCUACUAGUUUCUCAUUUGUGAAACAUUUUUGUUUACCUUUGUUGUUUACUGCUUAUUUGUACAUUGCUUUUUAAAAAUAUUGUAAUUUGAUUAAAGAUCAAGAUCACAAUUAUUUUGGUGAGGGAUUGUUUUCUGCAUAUAGAACCACAGUUUCAAAUGGGCAUAAUUAUUUUUUUAAUUUGUAAUGUUUUUCAAUUUACUACAUAAAGUCAGUUAAUAAUAUUCAUGAAAAGUAUAUAGUACAAUCUCAGUUCAAAAUAUUUCAGGCAGGAGUAGGAUGUUGCAGCUGUUUCUUGGUCAUUUUUAGGAAAAGAAAAAUGAUUUAGAAUUAAAAUUAAAAUUUCCUCUGUUGUGUGUUAGAUUUUUGCCCCUCCUUUCCUCCACUUCCUGGUGAUAUUAAGAACUUUAUGAUCUUCUGAAAUGUCAUGUCAAAAAAGAGUUGAGUUGGCUGAUGAAUAACAGUAUUACAUUUUAGAAAACAACUAAGUAAUACAAAUGUGUAUUUAAUUAAGAAGAAUAUUGUACUUCUGUAAUAUGAAAACACUUUUUUUAUAGAGAAGUAUGGAUUUAAUCUAGCUUACUGCAUAGAUAGUGGAGUUUAUUUUUCCAGACUUUUUUCAUGAUUACAUAAAAAUAAUUACUCAAGCACCUUUAGCAUGUUUUUUAUUUUUUUGGAAGACAGCAAUCUGAGCAUCACAUUUGAUUUCAGACUGCUAAACUGUCAAAAUAGCUUUUUCAAAUUCCUGUAGUUUUAAUUUUAGUAUUAUUGUAUAAUUGGAGUUAUCGGUAGGUAUGUAGUAGUCCAGUUUGGAAAUUCCCUAUGAAAAAGCAUGCUCCCUUGUACAAGAAAAUUUUUUCAAAAACAAUUUAGAGCAGUUCUAAAUUUAAAAGCGUGCAGAAUAUGCCCAAAAAUUGGAAGAAUUGGGGGGGGGGGGGCGCAAGCCGGAAUCUAUGGCAAUGGGGAGGGAAUUAUUGAUAAAGGAACUUCCAAUUCACAAACCUGCUUGUCUCACUAUCCAGGAGAAAAAAAAAAUAGAAGGACUAAUAUUAGGUUUCAUUUGCUCACUGGCUUUUAAAAUUUACCUUUAGAUUUUAAUGGAAAGAAGAAAAUAUAUGUCAAUUCUAGGACUGUUCUAAUUUUGUACCUCAUUCCUAUUACCUAUAGGGCAUUGGCAACGUGACAGCUUUGUCAGUGAAGUUUUCUGUUGCCAAUUCAGGUAGAUGGCCCUGGGACAUCCUCUCUAAAAUGUCAAACACUCAUAUUUUUCAAAACAUUAAGUUGAACAGAUUGAGAAUUGUUAAUUGUUUCAUUUUUAGGCAGUGACACCUUUCUUUGUGGUAUAUUGUGGCUCUUUUAUGUUUUUGUUUUAAAGCUGACAUUUAAUUUUGAAGUACUGGAAAGAGAAAAGUAAGAGUAUGGUUUUGAUUUGAAAUACUCUUGUGUUGGGAAAUUUCUUAGAAAAACUCUGAUGGCACUUCCAUUGGGCAAAAAUUAAUUCUUACUAUAUUUAAAAGUGUGUUGCAGUGGUUUAGUUGUUGGCUAGGACCAGGGAGAAACAGAUCAAAUCCACUCUCAGCUGUAGAUUCUCUCUCCCCUUCUUAUCUCUCACAGCUCAAUUUUCUUCACAGGGUUAUUGUUAGGGGGGAAAGUUGGAAUGGGACUAUUAGGUGUCUGCCUUGAGUUUCUGGAGAAGAAUAUGAAGCUAAUCAGAAAAAUACACUUUCAGUUUUAGAAGGAAUGCAAGUCUUUGUAAAAAAAUGUGUUUCACUAUAUACAUGUUUUCUAACUGCAUUAAAUAAAUAGAAUUGUUUAAUUCUUUUCUGUACAUAUUGAAUAAGAAAAAAAAUAUCCUGCUUUCAUGGUCACGGACUAUUAUUUAUACAUAGCCAUUUCAUUAAAGAAGUCUGUUGGUUUUAAAAACCUUCAGUGAUAAAUGUGUAAGUACUGUGGUUUCAGAUCUGUCCAGUUCUGCUAAUGGGAAGCUCUGAUUCAGCAGAGAUUCUAGUGAGAUACAAGGAAGCAUUUUUGCUAAUUCUCCUUUGGUGCUUCAACCCGUCAAACCUCUUUCUCUCCAAACGUACUCCAAAGAAUUGGAGAAAAUUUUGGAACAAAUGGAAAGUUAAAUGGGAGAAGAAAUUUGCAGAAAACACCUAUUUUUCUGUUCACGGAAGCGUCCAUUGAAUUAAAAAAUUGGGAGAAGUGUUUGUAUAGCAGAAAUAAAUUUACUGUAGUCAUUCUACUGAUAUACUGCUAAAUCAACACAGACUCAGUGGUUUACAGAACAAUCAGCUUAAAUUGGAUACAAUCUGCAAUCUAGAAACCUUAACACUAUUUAAACUGUAUUUUCUUUUGUCAUCUGCAAAUGAGUGUUUGAAUGCAAGACUAUGUUAGACCUUGUUGACUCAAUUGAUUUAGUCUCUUUGAAUACUUUUUAAGUAGAAAAGUGGAAUAAAAAUAUUUUAAAUAAACAUCAAAA